AUGACAAAGAGGAAGAAGGUCCCACGGCAGUCAGAAGAAUCGGAAGAAUACGAAGUUGAAGACAUCCUUUCACACUCAGUUAAAGACGGCAAAACCCUAUACAAGAUAAGUUGGGUCGGCUAUCCAGGCUACGUCAGUGAAAUGACAGAAGAAGACCUCAUAAAUUGCAGUGAAUUACUGAAUGAAUACAAGCUCAAAACGCAGCGUGCUCGCAGGAGGCCAGUCAAAAUAGCAUGA